AUGCAGCCUUAUGUCUCGAUCAUCGAUGCCCUAAGAGUGGCUGAUGUUCUGUUUGGUGAUUUUGGAUUCACCGGAAAGUUGCCCACGGCAUGGUUUAAGUCCGUGAAGCAGCUGUCGAUGAAUGUUGGUUAUCUGCAUUAUGACACGUUGAACCCGUUUGGUUUAGGGUUGACCACAAAACCAUACAAGUUGUAG